AUGGCCCACAAAACGGGCCUCACUCAGGGCAGGCCUCACCCAGGAAAAUGGGAGGCUGCAGACCCCACUAGGCCUCAAAAUGGAGCUCAGGCUUUGGAAGUCAGAAGACCCCCCGUACCCGUGCCCACUCCCCUCGGGUCACAGACCAGCAUUGAAGGGUGGGUGCCACUUGGACCCCACUUGAGUCGACUCGAGCCAAUCACGGGACUCUGCAGUGGCGUCGAGGAACUCGGCCGUAAUGCCUCUUUUAUCUGCGCCGUGUUAUCGACUUUAGGUUUUAAAAAAGUUACAAAAGUGAAGAACCACCAAGACAUCCAGCCGACCUGUGAGCCAACGCCUCGCGCUGCCAGCAUUUCUUUCUUAAACUUGGUUUAUUUUAUUGACAGGAAGAUCUGCGACCCUGGACUGACUGCGUUUGAACCCGAGGCCCUGGGCAACUUGGUUGAAGGCACCGACUUUCACAGGUUCUACUUCGAAAACGCUCUGUCCAAGGGAAACAAGCCGAUCCACACCAUCAUCUUGAACCCCCACGUGCACCUGAUUGGCGAGGACGCCGCCUGCAUCGCUUACAUCCGGCUGACCCAGUACAUCGACGGGAACGGCAUGCCCAAGACGAUGCAGUCUGAGGAGACCCGGGUGUGGCAUCGCCGCGACAGCAAGUGGCAGAACAUUCAUUUCCAUCGCUCAGGCUCUCCCACGGUGCCCAUCGAGUAAGUUGGCAUGUGCCCAGCUGUCACUGCCUGCCUCCUCAUCUCUCACAAGCCAACCGGACUAACGAGGCUCUCCCGUCUCCGAUACCAGCCGCCUUCCAGUGGACCCCGUGUCCCCCAUCCUGAUGUGUGACCCCAAGUCUCUCCCACCUCUGCCUACCAUUUAGUUAACUGAAGGAAAUGUUCCACGUCGAGACCCCUGGGAGGGAAAACACAGCGAGUCACGUAACGGUUACCGAAGAGUACCAACCUGAAACAGUCAGUUAGGAUUAACCAGGGUGCGACGCUCGGGUGGCACCGUUUCACCGAGGAUGAGGAUGUCAAAUUUCAGACAUUUUCACUUUAGUGAUGAGAAAGAAGCAGGCCAGCUUUUUAAUUUGAACGGGACGGUCAGGCAGUCGUGGAUUUAAAAAAAAGGAAGUUGUGCCCGUCUGUCCGUCCCGUAUCCCAUAGCAACGGGUUGCUAUGUAAAUGCCAUCGACUUGACGGCUUCGUCAUGGUCAUCCUCACCACUCUGGUUAAUUAAAAGCUGACUGGAUUCAAUGAUUAAAAACACGUCCAAUAAAAGCGAGAAAAGGAAAAACGUGUCGUACGGCGAAUGAAAGAUGACGGCUGUGACGCGUGAAUGGCCGGAGGGCACUGGGUGGGACAGGAGGGGUCGAGUAGCGACGCAUAGAUUUCAGCGAACACCUUGGUCUUUUUGCUCCUUGCUCGUCUAUAGGUGGUCUGCCUCGAGCCGGUGGUCUCCAAGGAUCUUGUGCCGCAUGUCCACCGUCUUGAGGUACACGAACAGACUUGUUCACCAACCUCAAGGCCUCCUGUGUCCAUCGGUCCCGACAUUCGCACCGUCCCAGUCGUCGUCUUUUGGAGUUUCUGGCGUUGGCUGUUCAGUCCCAAGAGAACUUUUAAGUUUGUCGUUACUCCAAAUGCUGACUUGAUCCCGAAACACAGGCGGGACCGCUCAGGUGCCGGGGGCCUCGAUCUGUAGUUUACUGGCACUCAUCGGAGGGUCCCGUCGGUGCGCUGCCACCAUCCCCAGGGGUGCCCACGUGGCCUUGGCGCAUUUCGUUCAGUUCUAUCACUAUAAAAGGAGGCGGCGGGUUGGUUUUCAGGCCUCGUUGUUUUUUCGGUUUUUGUGGAAGACGACGUUUCAUUUUUUUUCUUUUUUCUAAGACGGCUUGCUUUUUAUCUUUUAUUUUUGGUGACGUGCGUAUUUUGUGAUGGAAGUAAAAAAACGUUCAGUCUGCGCUUUAAGGGACCGACCGCAACCUCAAACACACACGCAGAACGGGCGCACGAGUGGCGUUGACAGGCGCGCUCAUCCCCAGAGUGGGCACGUCCUCUCGCGCUGAAACGCCGAGUCAGGGUUUCGUAUUUUUUUCCGUUUUCUCCACGGCGGGCGGGGGGGCGGGGCUCUGCUUGACUUUUCUCGUUUGUUACUUUAAUGCUGUUUUUUUAAUUCAAAUUAAAUGGUGGUUAAUGUGUCAUUGGAAGCCAUUGAUGUUCUAAAACUCACGGAGUCCAACUUGUUGAGAUUAUUUGGGGGGUUUUAAGGUUUCUUUUCUUUGAACGUAUUGUUAAAAUCGCAAAACAAAAAACCCAAACGGUAACGAAGUCGAUGUGAGCCGCUAGCGUUGCUUUGGUGUGUGUGAAGACGAAUCAUCUUGUGACAUUUUGACUUUUUAAUUGUAGACUUUGGUGGCGGGUGACUUCCUCCACAAUGCCAAUGUUGUCUUCCAUGCAGUGUGGUGGAGGAGGAGGAGGAGGAGGAGGAGUUCAUCUUCACCGCGGCUCAAACACAAACUUGUCAUUUCUGUGCUGUUCAGUAAGCUGUGGCAUCCCAUGGGAACGCAGAACAUACCGGACGUCUCGCACGGGUUCAUAUAUUUAAGUGACAAUAAAAACGUGUGAUUUCUGCUCUCCA